AUGACUAAAUGGGCAGGAUUUCUCGCGACUGGCUGCUGCAUGCUGAUGCUGCAAUUGAAAUAUAGUAGGAGGCAGGAUACAUGUACAUGUAUGGCGGAUUCGUACUACUAGUAGUAGUACUAGGACUAUUUCAGGAUGAACAAAUUUAAAUUUUCAAUGGAGAUUCAACGUUGCACCCGAGAAAUGAGCAUCAGACUCGCAUUGCAAACGCUUUUGGUUGUGUCAUCAUUAUGCAUUCCUUCGACCUCUGGGUUAAUGACCCCUGGUAUGAUUCGAAGGAUGGUUACAGCUGGUCUACCUCCUCUUCAACCUCAAAUCCAGGGUGAAGUAUCCACAACAUGCAAAGCUGAUCUUACUGCAGUUAUAUUAGCAGAGACAGAUGAACUUCAACUAGUUGUUGAUGCCAUUGGUAAACCUCAGUCAGGUCUUAUGCAUGGUAAUCUUGCUUGGCUGGGCCAUUUUGAUGAAUGCAACAGUAUUCCUGAUUUCAACUACUGCCUAUCAACCUUACAGAUCCAACUGCCUUCUAAUGCUACCAAUAUACCCAAUGCAUAUGGAGCAUCAAAUAUAAUGUGGGGACUUUGUGUACCUGAAUCAUGCUCGGAUUCAGAUAUAGUAUUCUCUCUUCAAGACUUUAUAGAGUUGGUUGAAGCUCCUUUCAACAUAUCUGCUGUGAAUGCAUCAUCUGUCGUCUGUGCUCAAGAGCCUCCUAUACCAUACAACAAUACAGGAUUCAUAGUUGUUAUGUCAUUUCUUGCGGUUGUUGUUGCCCUAAUGCUGCUUGGUGCAUUCCUUGAUAAGACACUGCGUUCUAUUGACUACAAGCCACCACCUGCCAACCUUCCCCCCACCCCUCAGCCGUCUGUCAACAGGUACAUCAGAGUGGUAGACGCCUACCCCUACCAAAGGAUGAGAGGUAUCGGUAACGAUACACAGCAGGUGGAACCAGAGCAGCAAGAGACAGAGGAGCUACCCACUGCCUGUACCAAAUUCUGGCAUCAAUUCGUGCUUUCGUUCGCUGUCAACCGCAACUUGGCUAAGCUGCUUAGUGCUAGGACAACAGAGGGCAGUAUAUCAUGCCUAAAUGGAAUUCGAGUCAUCAGUAUGACCUGGGUCAUUAUGGGUCAUGUGUUGUCCUUUGUCCAAGGAACUGGUAUAGUAGCUAACCCUCUUUUUGCCUUUGGAUUCAUCAGCCAUUUUGGUUUCCAAGCAAUCUCCAAUGCAUUCUUCUCUGUAGACUCAUUCUUCUUCCUCAGUGGACUGCUGGUGGCAUACAUGGCCCUUGGGAGGAUGGUGAAGACAAAUGGAAAGCUUCCGUGGCUCUGGUUUUAUUUCCAUAGAUACUGGAGGUUGACUCCUGCAUUGGGUAUGACGAUGCUGAUCUCUCUCUAUAUAAAGCCUUAUUUAGGAAGCAGUCCGGUUUGGUAUGUCCAGACGAAAGACGUUGCUUGUGAGAAAUACUGGUGGGCCAAUCUCCUCUACGUCAAUAACUUGGUUCGAAAUGCUGGACAGUGUAUCGGAUGGGUGUGGUAUCUUGCUAACGACAUGCAGUUCUUUGUGAUAAGCCCUCCCCUCCUGAUUAUGCUUUACAAGGUUCCGAUAGUUGGAAUUUUGAGCAUUGGAGUAAUGUGCCUUGCAAGUUUCAUCUCCACAGGUGUUCUGAUGGCCAAAUACAACUUCUCUGCUGUACUCAUGGAUGCAGCGAAUCAGAAUCAGGAUCCAAGCCAUUCUUUUAUGGACGUGAUCUAUGACAAGCCCUACUGCCGCAUUGCCCCUUAUCUAGUUGGCAUGGUGAUGGGAUAUUUUCUCCAUCUAUAUAAGAAUAAACCCUUCAAAAUGCACCCUAUCGUGGCCGUAAUAGGAUGGAUCGUUGCUGCUGCAAUUGGCAUGACGUUGGUAUAUGGCUUAUACCCAUCCUAUCAUGGUCAUGUGAUGAGUACUGCUGAAAGUGCUGCGUAUAUGGCUCUGUGUCGGUUCGUCUGGGCUGUGUGUCUCUCCUGGGUUGUGUUUGCAUGUCAUUAUGGUUAUGGAGGUUGGAUCAAUGACUUCUUGAGUUGGGAACUUUGGAUUCCGAUGAGCCGCUUGACGUAUUCUGCCUAUCUCCUCCAUCCUAUCAUCAUCUCUAUUUACGAUUUCAAUUUCAGCAACAACUACUUCUACUCCAUCUAUAUGCUGGCAUUUGAGAUCACCUCCAUAGUAACGAUGGCCUACCUUGCUGCGAUUCUCUUAGCAGUAACCAUUGAAUUUCCUCUUGGGAACCUGGAAGUUCUUCAUGCCCCUGGCAGAAAAGAAGACAAAAUGAUCUGGCGCCCUCUUGUGUAUCUUCAAACUCUGCCACCAAGGGAUGUUUGCUAAGGUUUUAAAGAGAACAGGCAUUUGAUAAAACUGCCAAUAAAUUCUUAUAGAGGACAAAUUUAGAGGUUAUUCCUUCAAUCAAGUGAUGUUUAUCCUUGAUUUAUGGAUUUUCAUAGAAAUUGCAGAACAAAUUCUACAAAUGAUUUUAAUUUCUUACUUUCAUCACAAGAAAAUUUCCUGUGAAAAUUGGCAUAUGUGUAUGAUGUUAUUACAGAACCAACUCUUUAUGAAAUGAAUUGCUUCAUGACAGUCGCCCCCCCCCCAAACUUGUGUGACAAAUGCUUCAGUGGAAAACUUUGUGUUUAGCUUAACAAAAUCUGACCCAAUACCCAAUCCUUAUCAUGAAACCAUGAACUAUUUUGGACCAUAGCUGGACCACCCCAGAUAUAAUUCCUGGACCAAUACAGAUUAAGCCACCCCCCCCCUCCCUCCUAGAAACCACCAUUUGGGAGGGGAGGGGAUUUCCAAGAACCAUACAGAAAUAGAUGUGCCUGACUAAACAUAUAGUAUGCAAGUCAUGUACCUUGCCCAACCUUGCACUUUUAAAAGCAAGACAUCCUACAACUUGUUUAUGAACUGUUAUUAUCAUGUAUGGAAUAAAUGAAUAUGGUGUGGGCAAUAUUGGUACAAAGUAAACCUAUGUUCAUGGAACUUUUGUGUUUUUUUUGAGAAAUUGUAACAGGAGUUAUUAUCUCAGGAGAAAGGGUUGUGUCUCAGUGAUCAAAUUAUUGCAUUGGAUCUAUGAGAAAUAUAUUUUUUUUAAUUGCUGGAUAAUUGUAGGGCCUUAAAAUUUGAAAUAGGUUGGCAUUCCAUAGGAAAUUUGACUUAUGUGACUGCUAAGUUUGAUGUACAUUAUGAAGUUCUUAUUUGUGUUGAUAUUCACUGUUUUUACUAGGUAUUGAUUAUUUGUGUUAUCCUGACCAACAUAGAGAACAAAAAGUAAUAAUGUAAACAUGAUUUAUGCUUUUUUCAGAGUAUACAUUAGUAACGUAUCUAAAAUUGCUGCCAAAAGUAUAAUUUCGUCCAAGUAGGUAGAGUGAAAUUGGAUAAGACAUGAGGUACAAAUUUACUAUAAAACAUGAGUUUGAUAACAGAAAGUGCAAAUAAUUCAUUCAAUUUUCUAUGUGCGGAUGAUAACACUGCUGCAACUCAAUCUUCAUUGAUCUUGACUUGAUUCUGAUUCUCUAUAAAAAAAAAAAGCAGUGAAAAAGAUCAGGUGCAAUUGAUCACAGCAAUUUGAAACAGGAACUCAAUUUGUUUUAUAUCUUGUUGAUGUAUUCUAAGAAAUUUAUAUUUUCAUAUGUUUUUGAGAGGGUAAUGAAUUCUUCUUCUGUGGUGGCAAUCUUUAAAGUUGAGACUGAUAGAGAAAGCUCUUUUGUUUUCAUUUUAUAUAUUCAAAUGUAAUUUUGAAUGACUGUGCAUACAUGUAUGUGUCACAACAACUCAUGUUAAUCUUUUCUGAAAUGUGAAAAAUAUAAAGAAAGGAAUCCAUGUAUUUUUAUAUUACAUGUAGAUAUUGCCAUGCUAUGGUAAUUUUUUAGAAGUUUAUAGAAAAUACCUCCAAACAGCUUUCUAUUUGCAGUACUUUGUCAACUGUAUAAGAUCAUCUGCUCUGUCUCUCAGACUAUUGCUGCGGUAAGUAAGAACCGCCCUAUGCCUACCACUCUGGCCACUCUACAAAUUGGUGGCAGCGGUGGGAUAAAAGUAGAUAAGGUAUUAAGAUAAAAGUAGAUCAAGAUAGAUAAAAUUGUUUAUCAGAGUAGAUACAAAAAAAAUAAUUAUUAACUCAAGACCCUAAAUUGGACAAAUCAUCUUGUUUUAAAAUCAAUAUUGGCUGUAUAUUUGUGUUUUUAGUGUACUUGAUGAAAUCAUGCACUGUGUGUAUGAAGUUUGCAGUUUUUAUAUUUACAAUUUUAUUUAGCUUUAUAAUCAUAUAAAUUUAGAUGUAUUAUGAUGACGGUUUAUUUUCAAAACAAUGGUUCACAUCUCACACACAUCUGAUACAAGGAUUAUGUUUUUUAAAUAUGUGACCAGGCACAUAAAAAUCCACCAAAAAAAGUUGUCAGAAAUGAAUUUUAGUUCAUUCAAAGCCACCAUUGAGCUCCAACUUCCAAACUUCCAGUCUGAAAAUGGAGAGUCUCACCCUGAAAUACAUGUAAUGUAUAAGUUGGAUGAUAAUCCUACUGUACAAAGAGGUAGGUGAAUGUUCAAUACCAUAGAAUGUUGCUUUUGAUAAUAAGAGAUUAAAGUUGGACAGAUGAUUGAAGCACACGUACCCUCCAAGGAUUGUGUAAAUGUAACAAAAAGAGGAUCAAGAUUAAUAAAAUCUGCAAAGGGCUCAUCAAUCCCCCCACCCUAAUAUAGGCACAUCCUGUCCAUUCACUUCAACAUCGUGUUCAUUUUUAUUAAUGCAAAACGAACGUCAGAGCUUAUUCAUGGAAGGACUUUUCCCCAAAUUGACAAGAAACUCAGCUUUAUAUGUAUAACCCUUUAUUCAUCAACAUUUGAAUUGUUCUUGCCAUUUCAAAGAUCUAAUGAAUAAUGAUUCUUUCUGUUUGCGAAAGUUUUAUGAUCCUUUUUUGAAAUGCUUGCGUAGAAAAUGUAAUGCCAUUAUUCAUGGACAUCGGAUGUUGUAAUUCAACUCAAUUUUACAUACAGUGUAUUUAAGCAAACCUAUAUAUGGGUUGAAUCCUAAUACGUGUUUGAUUUAAUAAAUAUCUUGCCAAGCUAAUCAUUCACUGUUGCUGCAAGGGAUUGGAACCCUGGCCAUUGUUAAUUAACCACUAAACCACUUGACCAAAGUGGAACUUCAGAUAACAAGACUGGUCUAUGACAUACAUUUUGCAUCUAUAUCAUAAACCAAAUAAAUGUAUAAUGCUCUAGUUGCAGAAAGAAAAUAAUAAUUGAAGCAUGAUCCUGUUUUAAACAGUCUAAUUGAGAGUUGAAUGAAAAAAAUUAAUUUGUAAGAAAAUUUUCAUCCCCCAAAAUCCAUUAUUAGUCUUGCAAAUUAUUGGAAAUUUGUCAGUUGCAUUGAGAAAGUAAGAUAAAUAUGCUGAGAAAAUUGUAUUUUAUCAAUUGUUAAUUUGAUAUUAAUAAUUACUCCCUUUUAAUGACAUAGAGUGUUGUGUUCAAGCAUAAUAUUUUUAGGAACUUAGCAAAUUUUGUUAUCCUGCCAAAGAUAUAAACGUUAAUCAGUGCCAUUGUGUAUUCUGUAUAACCUUUAUGAAGGCUGAACCUUGUCUAUGUCAAUUUAAUUGCCUCUUUCACUACAGUUGCAAAUACUGCAUUUAUUGAAUCUAUAAGAUGUCUAUUUUAUUAAAUAGAAUUGUAUAAUAGUUCAAGUUUCAUGAUUUUCUGUAUUUCUUUGUAAAGAAAUUGUUUUAUUAAUAUAAUUACAUAAUUGCGCAAGUUUUAUCAUUUGUCUACAUUACUUUUCCAAGAACAUAAAUCAAGUGUUAAUAUAAAUUAUAUAUCGAUAUUUUGUGUGAAAUAUGGUGAUGGGUUUGUGGAAAAAGAUGUAUCUUUUAAUCAAAUCAAUGAGUUGUUUCCUCUUUCAUUAUUACAUCAGAAAAAGCAAAGCAUUGUCAUAAUAUUUACGUGUAGGUAAUACACAGUAUAGGCCUACAAUGACCAGCAUCGUAAUACUCCAAGAAAAUCAGCGAUACUAUAAAAUAUCUAAAGGUUCAGUUCACAAGGAACUAUGGACUGAUGAUCCUGAAUUAUAACAGUGUGUAUCACAAAUGGGACAAUCCACAACCUACAUACAUGUAUAUCAAAGAGUUACGAUUGAUCCAAUCAACUCAAUCUCAAUCCAUCCAUAAUUUUUUCUUUAGGAAAUGUGCACAAUCUCCUAAGUAAACAAAAAGAAUCACACUGAAUCUUCAAGAGAACGAUGAAUGUAUGAAUAGUCAUGUACAUGUACAUCAUAUCUAGAAAAUAUUUUGAACAAAUUUGCAUUUUAGAUGUUGAUGUUGCUGGCUGUCCAUAGUUGUGGUCAAUUAGAUCAAUCCCAACUCUUUGUAAGAUGGGGCCCAAAUGUAAUGAUGAUCAUAGAAAUGAGAACAAUCAUGGUAUAAUGAUCACACCGAUUAUAAUAAUAAAUGUACAUUUAUUGUAACUGCAAUCUCUCACGGAGUGUUGCAAGAAACUGUAAGUCAAUUUGUGUCCCAAAAUCAAGCUUAGGUCUUGAAAUUGAUUGCAAAUUUUCACUGAAUUGCUGUUUUUUUAAAACAAGAAAUAAUGUAAUUUUGCAAAAGAAAUUUGCGAUCGAUUGUAAAUAUUUUCUUGCAACACCCCACAAGAGAAUGGGAAAGUAUAUUUCAAUUAAAUGCAUAUCUAUCACAAAAUUGUUCUGAAUGUUGGGAUAGUCAACUGGCCUUGAUUACAGAGAAAGAGUUUUUGUGGGCUAAUAACUUGUUUAAAAUUUGUAUUUCUAUAAAUUUGUAUGUUUUUAUGUAUUUUGUUUUCAUUUUCAUUUUUUUUUUGGGGGGGGGGAUGGAUGGGGAUGUGCAUACCAGGUAAUUGAUUUAUUUUUACAAAAUUAAUCUUUGGAAGAUGCUUUAUGGCAAAUCAAAUUCUGUUUAGCUUAAUAUUGAUUUCAUAUUUCAGUGAAAUACUCCAAUGUCACCCAGGCAUUCCUACAAGAUCAUGGUAUUUGGUAAUUGAGUGAAACAGUAUAUUUAUUAAGAUAUAUAAUAAUACUAACUAUAAUACUUGUAUUGAUUAGACUAUACUUAUUCACAUUGUUGAUUAUUUACAUUAACUUUAAUUGAUUAACAACAUAUAGGCAAUGCUAAGAUUUGCAUCAAUCCAGCUGAAGUUUGAUCCAUAAAAUUGAAAUUUAUGUGUAAUAUUGAAUUUUUAGCCAAUGAAUUUUAGUGCAAAAUGUUGAGCAGCUUAAAAAAAAACAUUGAUAAAUAAAUCGAUUUUAUGAUACAAUCAGGUACUACAAUAUUUUCAUUUGUUAUUUUGUGAAUUUUAUUAUGUCAAAGAAAAUGAUAAUAAAGAAACAUUUGAAGAUUUUAAUGAA